GUAAGAGUCACCAACUCAUGGAGGUCAUGUAGGCUAGCUCUACAUAGCCUACAACUCGCAGGCUAGCGGCCCUACAUGGGGCUUUUAACGCUGAAGCACAGAAGGAAAUCCGACGACCUGAGGAGGAAACCCAGCGUCCAGGCUGGGUUCCAAACUUGGCACAUUUCUUCUCUGAGGCUUCGAUCUUCUUCAGGACUACAACUCCCAGCAAGCCACCACCGAGUUCACAGCUGAUUGGCGGGCCCGCUCGGGUUUCUUGCGUUAUGGCAGCAAGUAGAGCCAAUGGGAAAGAAAGGUCUAGGAAACAGUGCCCUCAACAACUGUAACAGUCGCUGUCGUUUGCUGAAUGACGAGUACAUACCACCCCCUACACUGAGCAUGCCUGGCAUCUUCUCUAACGCAGUGUAGGGUUCAGAGAUGGGCAGUGAGAAGGAGCAGAAUCCAGAACAGCACCUGCCUGAGGAAGGGGAGCGGGGUAAGCCUUGGAGAGCGGAUGACCCAGAGGGUUUUCGGAUCCCAGAUGGGGAGAAAGAGCAUGGGCAAGAGAGCCUGUCAGAGAGACCACAAGGGACCCAUCCCCAAAAGCCCUGGCAGAAAGCCACUGUCCCCACUGGAGAGCCAGGGGACCCUGUUGUCCAUUCAAGACUUGAGGCCGAUGAGAAGCCCUUUAUAUGUGCCCAGUGUGGCAAAACCUUCAAUAACACCUCCAACCUGAGAACACACCAGCGGAUCCACACGGGCGAGAAGCCUUACAAAUGCUCUGAAUGUGGCAAGAGCUUCUCGAGAAGCUCCAACCGCAUCCGGCACGAGCGGAUCCACCUGGAGGAGAAGCACUACAAAUGUCCCAAGUGUCAGGAGAGCUUUCGGCGGCGCUCGGAUCUCACCACACACCAGCAAGAUCACCUGGGCAAGCGGCCGUACCGCUGUGACAUCUGUGGCAAGAGCUUCAGCCAGAGUGCCACGCUGGCCGUGCAUCACCGGACCCACCUCGAGCCGGCACCCUACAUCUGCUGUGAGUGUGGGAAGAGCUUCAGCAACAGCUCCAGCUUUGGGGUGCACCACCGCACCCACACAGGCGAGAGGCCUUACGAGUGCACCGAAUGUGGGCGGACCUUCAGCGAUAUCUCCAACUUUGGAGCGCACCAGAGGACUCACAGAGGGGAGAAGCCCUACCGGUGCACUCUGUGUGGGAAACACUUCUCUCGGAGCUCAAAUCUCAUCCGCCACCAGAAAACGCACAUGGGAGAGCAGGCUGGGAAAGAUUCUGGCUGAAGGAGUGAGGGAGAGACCUCAAUGUAGUGUAGGAAGAACUUUAGGAUCUGCUGCUACCCUUUGACCUCAAGCCCUUCACCCCACUUUGGAGAAUGUUUCCCUGUUGCCUCUGAAGCCAGGAUCUCUAGCAAGCCCUGAGAAGGGACUCUGAGUAAAAAUCUUUGCCCCUUUCCAAGCCGAUAUUUUGCCUUGGAAAGUCAGAGGAUCUGGUCUUGGCUUCAUCUCCUUGGGGUGAAAGAGAAAUAGGGUAGGUUUAGUAAAUGCUCACGUUAUUAGGGCAGCUGUCCCUGGCCUUUGAGGAAAUACCUGUGCAAUGGGCACCACAUUGUGUAUGAACUGCUGAGGGCCCAUUGCAGUGGCCUGCUAGUUCCGUCCACUGUGCUCCAGCUGGGCUGGGAGGAGCCGUCUUCCCAGUGGACGGAGCCUCCUUGGCCUGGAGAGGCGGUCCUGCCUUAGAAAUGGAGGGGAAGCCCUCAGGGAGCCAUGAUCUAGGGACCUUCACACUCCCCGUGUGUGUGACUUGUUAUCCCUCUCCCAACCUGCAUCUGUUCCCUGAGUGACCAGCAGUAAAACCCUUCAAUGAAAAGGACCUGUGUACUUAUUUGGGGGCAUCAAAGAAGUGGGGAGCUGGUCUCUCUGCAGCUACUCUGAGAGUUGAAUUUCAAGAAAGACAAGAUGGGUGGUUGCUCAGAAAAGCAAAGGGAAGCAGGCUAAGUCUCUGGGCCUUUGGGGAGAAAGGAGAAAGGAAAGGAAUUAACAUUAAUUGAGCACUCACCAAAUGCCAUAGAUUCUACCAGUCACAUUUCUUUUCUUUAAAAGAAAUAUAUUUUAUUGAAUUCAGAGAGGAAGGGAGAGGGAGAGA